CAACAAGAUCUCUCGGCCCCCAUCUCCUUCUCUCUGUGCGUCGUCUUCUUCAGCUCCAGCAAGCAAAAAAAAUGAACAGGUUAUUUAGAAGAAACCUUUCUGCUAAUCUCUAUGGAUUGAAAGCUCGAGGGAACAAUUUCUGCUCUGGUUCAGCUGCUAAAGUUUCUGGCUCAAAUGGGGACCGUAGCUAUGUGCAAGGGGAGAAGCUGCAAGGGGAGAAGCUAAGUUCCACAGACAACUUUCCUCAACAUGACAUUGCUAUAGUUGGAGGUGGCAUGGUAGGCUUGGCCUUAGCUUGCUCCUUAGCAAGCAUGCCAUUGACUAAGCAGUUGUCUAUUGCCAUUAUUGACAGUAAUCCAGCAUUAAAGGGUGGAGCUGGCUUUAAGAAAGAUGGCCCUCCAGAUCCAAGAGUGAGCACAGUGACACCUGCAACUAUAUCUUUCUUCAAAGACAUCGAUGCGUGGAAAUAUGUUGAACAACAACGACAUGCAUACUUUGAUAAGAUGCAGGUGUGGGACUAUACAGGCUUAGGAUACACAAAGUACCACGCAAAAGAUGUAAAUAAAGAAACUUUAGGCUGCGUGGUGGAGAAUAAAGUGCUUCAAAGUUCCUUACUAUCGCGCAUACAGUGUACAGAUGAUCAAACAACAAUAUACUCUUCCAAACUAACCUCGAUGAACUUACGCUCGAGCUCUUCACCAACGGUGGCAGCCAACACAUCUUCUGGGACAACAUCAAAUGAGCCAGGACAUUUGGCAAAAUUGGAUCUGAGUGACGGCAGCAGUUUAUAUGCAAAAUUGGUGGUUGGCGCAGAUGGUUCCAAGUCACGUGUUAGAGAGUUAGCUGGGUUUAAAACAGCGGGAUGGAAUUACUCACAGAAUGCCAUUAUCUGUACUGUGGAACACACUCAAGAAAACCAUUGCGCAUGGCAACGAUUUUUGCCUUCUGGACCAAUUGCACUUUUACCAAUUGGGGAUAACUAUAGUAAUAUAGUUUGGACUAUGAACCCGAAAGAGGCUACCGACCGUAAAUCAAUGGAUCAGGAUGAUUUUGUGAAGGAUGUAAACUCUGCUCUGGAUUACGGUUAUGGCCCUCCUCCAAAGUCAAGCAUAUUUGGAAGUCAAAACUUUUUCUCGUGGCUGAACAUGGAUGUCACAGUAUCAGUGGAUGAAGAAUUUGAAGUUCCUCCGAAAGUGGUCAGGUUGGCAUCUGAAAAAAUGGUCUUUCCAUUGUCUUUGAAUCACGCCAAGAACUAUGCUUCAAAGCGCGUGGUUUUAAUUGGCGAUGCAGCACACACUGUUCAUCCUUUGGCUGGCCAAGGAGUUAAUUUAGGCUUUGGAGAUGCCUUCUCUCUUUCUAAAGUCAUAGCUGAAGGAGUCGCACUUGGAACCGACAUUGGAGAGGUGACACUGAUGAAGAAAUAUGAAGCAGAGAGGAAACCGGCAAAUAUUGCUAUGAUGGCGAUUCUGGACGGCUUCCAGAAGGCUUACUCUGUGGAUUUUGGACCUCUCAACAUCUUGCGAGCUGCUGCAUUUCAUGGGGCAAAUUAUAUUUCUCCACUUAAAAAGAGUAUUAUUUCUUAUGCCUCGGGAGAUCGGAGGCUGCCUCUUUUUACUUAAGAAAGAGAAAAAAAGAAAGAGUGGCAAUUUUGUAGAUAUAUCAAGAUUUAAGCUUUUUUUUUUUUAAAUCGAAAUUUUUUUUUUUUUAACCCUUUAUGCUUUGGAAUAAAAGUGGUUCUUUGUAGAGAAAUUUCUUGGAGAAUUAUCAAUAUCACCUUACGUGACGACAUGUCGACCGAGAUUGCUAA